UAAAUCGCAACCUUGCAUUUACUUAGUGCUACAGCUGAGGUGUUAUGGGCUUGAGCUAAAAGAGAAAAGAGCGAAAUCUCAUUUAUUGAAAGAAGCAAAAGCUGUAAAGGCAUCCAUCGUUAGAAAGUGAUUUUUAUCUUUUACAUAACAGCAGUGUCUUUUGUCUUGCUCAAAUCACUGAGAUUCGUUUCAAAUUUUCUAUGUCCUGGAAUAAGUUCUGUUGAAGUUUCCCUAGUUCUUUCAUGAACAUUACACGUUUUUUUAGUUCAAGUUUAUUAGCCUCCGGUGUGGAAUACGUUUAUCCCAUCUAAAAAGUUUAACGUUUUUCCCUAAAAAAGUAAAGAUUCGCACAAGACGGAGGAGCGGCAAAAUAAUUAGGACUCAAAGCUUAGUAAACGCUCUUCCAGUUUUUACAAAGGACGCUUACUUUUUGUCGUGAUGAGCAACCCGAGAGGAUAAAAUCUUGCUUAAAACUUUAUUAAUUUAUUUGAACCACGUUUAUAUUCGUAGGAUUGCGAUUGAGUUGUAGGAAAAGUCGAUGAGUCUGCAUGACUUUCACAACGUUGCUUAAAAGUUUAAAAAACACUUGGUAUUCCUUCUAUAACCAAAUUUUUUAGUCUUCUUUAAAACAUACAUCCUUUUCUUGUUGAGCAACAAAAGCUCACUUUUUCUGCGCAGCGGAGGAUAAAAAGUUCUGGGCUCUGCCUUAACUUUCGCCACUUAGCCGCCAAUAAGCUGUAUCAAUAAUGACUACUUGCCGUGUAUGUAGGCUCGUCAUCUAAACUUUUAACUCUUAUUAAAACAAAAUAAGUCGAAAAAAAAAAUUAGUAUUUUAUCUUGAUGUGGAGUCCAAUUAACCUUUUCAUAUGGGAGUGUUGUUAACGUGAACCAGGAGGUCCAAGAAAAUCUAAAAUUGGUAGAGAACCCUGCAAGCCGCACUGCCUGCUUCACUCUGCAGUGAUGAGAAAAAAAUAUCAUACCUUGUUUCCUACGGCGCGCAUAAAAAAAAUUAUGCAGUCUGAUGAGGAAAUUGGAAAGGUAGCUCAGGCCUCGCCAAUACUUAUAUCUAAAGCUUUAGAGAUUUUCUUGGAAAGUUUAAUUUGUCGGGCCACUAACUUUGCUAGAGAGUAUAAGUCUAAAAUUAUAACAGCACAGCACUUAAAAGCAACCAUUUGUAAAACUCCUCAGUACGAUUUUCUUACCCAUAUUUUCAAAGACAUUCCUGAUUUUAUACCAUCUUCACCAUCUUUGACUUUUGAUACGGAGUUUACUUUAAAUUCUUUUGAAGCUCCAGCCCCGACAGCUCUAGCUGAGCAAGCUAAGCAGUCAACUGAAGUUGACUGCAAAUCUGACAUUACCGUAGAUAAUGCCUCUCAGUUAAAUACAUCAUUUAUGCAGAAUUCGGAUUAUCAUAAGCAGUGCGGUGAUUCAUUCUGCUACCUCCCUUCCCAUCUUGCACCGCUGAACUCUUUUAAUCAGAAAUAUUUUAUUUCUUCGCACUCUUUACAGCCCAACCAUCCGGGGCUGGAACACCAACAUCAAGAGAGCAGUUUACAGCAUUUUCAGUAUCCACCAUCCCUUUUGGCUUAUCCUACCCCCGUUAGUAAUCAAUUCCAACUACAAACUUCUGUUUUAGGCUCCGAGCUUCCUAAAAGUUCUACUGUUUACCGAAGUAACAAUGCUCAAGUGAAUAUACCGCUACCAGUAGAACUUAUUAGCAGCACUUCGCGUAAUUCGGAUCUUCCUGUAGAACUUUGUAAGACUCCUUCUCCACUUAAAUCUAUAAAUAGAAGGAAAAAAACUGCUAGAACCACUAAAAGAAUCAAUAAAACUAACAGAAAAAAAUUGAGAGAGUACAAAACUUUUAUUUAG